GAUUUCUCAUUUUCUAGGGCUAAAUAUCAUGGCGGUGGCAAUGCGGCUUCUUGUGCUCCUCGCGGCUAUGGCGGCCACGGCGAUCGGCAAAUCCGUCAAGAAUCCUGCUGAUGCAUUGGCCCGUGAGAUCAAUCGCAACCUCACCGCCGCCAAUCUCCCAACUCUCUACAACAAUCCGGGACUUGGCUGCGUGGCCUUGCAGUACAUCCAGGCAUACCAAGGCCAAUGCAGCGACGUCGGUCCAAACGGCCAACGUCCACCAGAGGCCUCUUUCAAGACAACGCUCGCAGACAACUGCGGAGUGGAUCCAUCUUCGGUGGCCGACAUCACUGGAACCAUCCUCGCCUGCGAGACCGAGUACCGCGACGCUCGCUACGCCUUCUCCAGCCUUCUCUUCAAAGAGUCCAGCACGCUGGCGACGCUCCAGAGCUCAAACCACACUGAGUUUGGAGUCGGGAUCAGCGGCUACGAGGGCGGCGCUCCAUACUUUUGGUGCGUCCUCCUCAGCAAUGGGACGCCAAAGUCGAGCUUCUCGUUCUCGGAUUCCAAGGCCAAGUACCAAAAGACCGGAUGCUUCAGCGGGACUGGGGAGGCUUGCAGCGGUGGAGCUGGAAGUUUCCGUCGGGUGGCCUCGCUGAUCCCCGCUUCCAUGUUCGUCGCGGUGAUCGCCACCUUAUUCUAGAUCGCCUCCUCUGAGCGUGCCAAGUGGAACGCAUCGGCUCCGAGAAUAUUCCAGGGACUCGCUUAGCUGCUCGCUCCGCAAGCCCUAUGCGUUUCUCUCGUUUGCUCUGAUGGGUAUUUGGCACUGUUUGGCAGGAUGAGUUUGGAUUGAGGAAAAGGUGCCAAGGAAGGCAGAGGCAGAGAAACAAUGAUCGGGCUGGUCGUCUCUCUGGUAACUUCCAUUCUUGACAGCACAACACGGCCGUGGCGGAAGAUCUUUUGGUUCUCGCUCCAUCUCUACUUUACGGCAUGGAGCAUUUUCCUCACCCUUGUGGUGGGGAUUAUCACCUCUCCCUUUCGGUUUUUGAACGCCGCAAGGAGGGAGAAGCUACUUGAGGCGCAGCUUCGAGAGCUACAGCAGCACUAUGAGGAAUUGGGCGAGAAGAAGGGCGACUUGGAGAGGAGGCUGGAAGUCACUGCAAGGGACCGGAAGCGUAUCAAGGAGUCGCUUGAUCAGGCUGUAGGCGAGUGGGAGAAAUCCAUAGACCGGCUCAAGCUGCUCAAGGCCCGGGUCCAGGAACUAGAGUCUCAAAACGUGAAGCUGAGAGAGCUGGAGGAGGAGAGGAAGUCCAAAGCGAGGGCCAGGUUUUCUACAAAGGAUCACCACCACCAUCACCAGCAGCAGCAGCAACACACGCAGCAUCAAAACCAGCAAAACUCUAGUAAGCCAAGUGGAGUUUUUGAUGACAGCAUGAUCAUGGAGGGGAGGGGUGUGGCGUUGGGAUCCAGCAUUUUCAGUGCCGUGCUUUCUUUGCUCGUGGGUUUCAUUGCAUGGGAGGCCGAGGACCCGUGUAUGCCUCUGGUGGUUGCCUUGUUCAUGGUGGUUGGCAUGUCCCUCUCUAACGUCUUCCAAUUCUUCUCCAAAUUGCAAUCCAGGUUCGGCUUUGAUGCCGUCGCCUUGCUCAGCUUCAACUGGUUCAUGCUAGGUACUCUAGCGUUCCCUGCAUUUCCUUUCUUUGCGAAGUUCUUCUCACUCUUGUUAGGUCCCCUUGUCUUGUGGGUCGCGAGCUGGUUUGGCUAUUAGGAGAGGAAGUCUCAUUGUGAGUUUUUUCUCGUUUUUUUUUCUCUCGGGUUGUCAUGCUCUUUUCUUCUCGUUUUCUCUCUCUCUCGAGUCGUCAUGCUCUUCUCGUUUUUUUCUCUCGUUAAGUUGGUCUCCGUGUAUGUGUAUAUGCCGUAUAGUAAUCGUUUCUGUAGGACUUGAAAGAGUGGUUUUUCUUUUUCGUCUUUGGUUUCCAAGGUUCUCGGAAGACUGUUCUUGUGAGUGUUUCCAAGGUUCUCGGAUGCCUAUACUAAGAGUUUCCAAGGUUCUCGGAAGAUACUGUUCUUGCGAGUGAGGUGAACUUUGUAGAACUCUUUUACUCUUGUAAUUUACAGGAUUCUCACAGACCGGUGUCUCUCUCGCUCUUUCUCUUCUACUGCGCGAGCUGGGCCUCUUGGAAAGCAUUCCAGAUGGCCGUCAUCUCCUCCGGGCUUAGAGCUCCGGCGGAAGUGAACGAGGCCGACAGCGGCGUGCACGGAGAGAGAUACCUCCUUGUGUUGAAGUCGUCCAUCGAGAAGGAAGAUCCAACUGACGCAAACGGUGUCGAUCGAAAAGAACCUGGCGUCGAUGGCGGUGAUCUCGUAUCGUACACCAGCCUUGGCUUGCCGUCGCGACGACUAUCCAGCACCUGCAGCAAAGCAGUGACAAAACUUGUGAGGAAGGUAUAAGAAAACUGAGCUGAGCUUACUCUCUUCAGGCGGCGAGCAGAGCUUGAGGAUUUCCAUCCGUGCGUUAAGUUCGUCGCCCACCCUCGGCUUCUUCGUUGUGGACUCGGACAUCGAGUUGCUGCUGCUGGUGCUCGGCCUCUUUUUGGAUGAUCCAGGACUACCGGAUAAGCUCUCGGUCUUUGACGUAUUGCCGCCACCGCCAUUAGUCCCGGCUUGCGCCUGGGAGCACAGGAACUCCAGGAAACUUAUGUCGGUACGACGUUCUCCUCGAUUUUCCUGUUCUUCUGAAGAUGACGAUGAUGCUAAGCGCUGGCGAGCUCGGAUGCAGGAAAACAUAUCCCCGGCAUCGACUGGCAUCACCACCACCUUACUGGCGCCCGGGUUUUCCUUGAGAUAGGCCUCGGAGCAAGAACUCGAGUGGGAAGUUACUUCCGAGAUGCGGCAAAACUCGUCCAGAAACUCAAGAGACACGACGUCCUGCUUGUUGCUGCUGUUGCUACUUCUGCAAGAACUCUCCCUUGAAGGUCC